CCCUCCCCCCGCGGAGGGUGACGGGCGCUUCCUCGCCCGGAGCCGGUGCUGCUGCCGCUGUUGCUGCCUUGCUGGGGUUCCGCUGCCGCCCGCCCCGGCAUCGGGGUGUCCUUGCCGGCCCCCUCCUGCCGGCCUCCGCGGCUGGCCCUGUCGCGCCGCCCCGGCUCCUCUCUCUUUCAGCGGACUCCUGGGCCUGGCUAUGGCGGACUUUGACGAGAUCUACGAGGAGGAGGAGGACGAGGAGCGGGCGCUAGAGGAGCAGCUCCUCAAGUACUCUCCUGACCCGGUGGUGGUGCGCGGCUCCGGCCAUGUCACCGUGUUUGGACUAAGCAACAAAUUUGAAGCAGAAUUUCCUUCAUCUUUAACUGGAAAGGUUGCACCUGAAGAAUUUAAAGCCAGCAUCAGUAGAGUUAACAGCUGUCUUAAGAAGAACCUUCCAGUUAAUGUACGAUGGCUACUAUGUGGAUGCCUUUGCUGCUGCUGCACUUUAGGUUGUAGUAUGUGGCCAGUUAUCUGCCUCAGUAAAAGAACACGAAGAUCGAUUGAGAAGUUAUUAGAAUGGGAAAACAAUAGGUUAUACCACAAGCUGUGCUUGCAUUGGAGACUAAGCAAAAGGAAAUGUGAAACGAAUAACAUGAUGGAAUAUGUCAUCCUUAUAGAAUUUUUACCAAAGACACCGAUUUUUCGACCAGAUUAACAUUUGAUUUAUUUAUAGAGACUUAUUCAAGUAUGUUGUUUUUCCAAUGGUGCCUUGCUUGGUGCUCUCCUGGUGGUAACAUAGAUUGGUUCUACAGAAUCUUGUGGUGUUGUCAUUCUUUUUUGUUUGUUUUGUUGGGUUUAUUUUUUUCAGUAAGAGCAUGUUCCAAGUGCAUUUGGUCAAACUCUGCAAAGGAAUUUCACACAAAUGUUAACUGCUACUUAAGUUAUUGUUACUUUUACUACUUCUGUUUAUUAGUAUAUCUUGAUUUUCAAAGAGUCUUUUAUAUGUGUGCGCGUGCGUGUGUACAUAUAUAUAUA